AUGGCCGUGGCCUCUCCUCUUUUAGAGCAGUUCCUGAUGGUCAACUCUGGUAAUUUUCAAUACAACAUCGUUGACAAAGGUGUAGACGGUGAUAUGCUCUUUUACAAAGUUGCAUUUUUCCUCAUGGACCCCAAGGAGCCCAUCCCAGAGGCAAUCAUUUUUACCUUUUAUGAAGGCUCUAGCAAUGGAGAAAGCAACCUUCUGUUUGUUCCCGAAAAUUAUCACUACAAAUGUGACACGCGGUGCAUCGCCGAAGGGAAGUUUUCUGCCCUUUUGAUGUCACGCUUCAACCAGAAGUUGCGGGCCAAAGGCCUUACUUAG